GUGAAAUCCAAACAGGACAUCAAGACUAAAUAGCGAAGACGUCGAGUCUAAAACAAGGUCAAUUAAUCAUGUCGGAUCACCAUGAACCAACUGCAGCAGUUGCUGUUCCUAGUCCUUCAGCAGUUGUUCCUGUGUCACAAUCUGAACACCACAGUGAGAUAAAAUCUGCUGCUUUGGGUCAAGAAAACUUGAUAAAGAAUUUGGCCCCCCCAGAAACAAUUAAAAUUACAGCACCUUCUACCUUGCAUGCUCAAAUACAUUCUGAAAAGAAAGAGUCAACUGAGUCAACUUCUGUUGUCACUGAAACACCUUCACCAGCCCCUAAUAGAGUAGUCAGCUCAGAUGUCAACAAGAAGUUACCCAACUGCAAUAUACCAGCAACAAGUUUGCCUGUWAAAGCUUCAAGUGGUACCACCAUGGCACCAUCUUUACCAACUAACAUUGUAGCUACCAUACCUCGGGCUGCAGGUCCCUCUUCAAUCGAAAGGACUGGUGUCAUUCAAAUUAUUAAAACACAUCCAGUAGAUUCUCUAUUACCUCAUGUUUUAACUCCAUCACUGCCAACAUCAGCUACGAAACUGGUCAACUGUGCACCAUCUACAUCUACUGACACACCAUCCACUGGUAUUAAAGCCAGUGCAGUGCCAAGAAACCUCUUAAAGCCAGCUGUAGUAGCCAAUGCUCAGCAACCAUCAUCAAGCCGUACAAAUAAUCAACAAUCCAGAACAACAGUUGUUGAUCCUAUUCCAGAGGUCAUUCCAGAAUUCCAGAUAGGAAAGAUAGAUGCAAAGAAAUUCCCAGCUCGACAUUUUGAUCUUAGGUCAAUGGUCAUUGGCUCUUGGAAGUAUGAAGCAAAAUCUGCAAACUUCUUAGCUACAAAGACAUCAAGACUAAAAGUAAUCUUUAGCCAAAAGAAAUUUAUAUACGAGUUUGAGUUGGUGGAUACUCCUGCCAUUAUAUUAUUCUUUCAAAAAGAAAAGCACAUGGCCAGCAUUGAAGUACCAUUUUCAUCAGUAGUAGGCCUGAAUAUCCUACAAGAGAAUCCUCAUCAGCUUCUUAUUGAAGUAAACUCUGCCCCUUCUACAUUCCUUGGUAAACAGCUGCACUCAUCUGCUACUGGUUGCGCUUUACCAACAAAGUAUGACACUUCCAAUCCUGUUGACUUGACAAACGGUCAGAUAUUGACUGUUCCUUAUCAUCAGAUAAAUUUGUGUUCAACUAAUCUAAGAGGACGCUUGGAGGAAUUUGAUCCCAGAUUCAGGGCUAUGCUGAGAACUCCUAUUGUAAUGGAUCCAAGUAAAAGAUUGUUACAACAACCUGUAGUAAUGCCUGUAAAGCAUAAGAAUGCAAAAGAUAAUUAUAGUGCUCCAUCUGCUGCCAAGAAACCCCGCAAGGCAUCAAGUUCAAGUUCCUCAUCUAGUACUGAAGCAGUGUGUGCUUGCACUUCUGGUUGUAAUUCCCAGAGAUGUAAAUGUGUAAAAGCCAACGGCAAAUGCACAAGUGACUGUAAAUGCACAUCUUGCAAAAAUCCCCUGAACAUCUUGGCCAGUAAUGGGGUAGAUGUUGCUUUAGCCAAGGAAGAUAAAUGUCUGAUGCAGAACAUAUUCAGGAUCAAUGACCUGACAAAGCUUUUGAGGGAAAAGAAAGUAAGCACCCCAUGCUGUGAAGUCUCAAUGCCAUUGAAGGAUGUCUGUGUUGGUGUUAUUGAAUGCCCAGAAUGUCAAGCAGAAUAUCAGUUCUCCUGGUGUUGGUUUUCUCUCUGUGAUGAUGAAUGUAGACCCAGAAACCACUGUGCUAUUUGUAAACGAUGUGGAGAUUACAGAGAUGACCACUGCUUUAAAUGCAACAAAUGUUUCUUUGCAGGGAGUAUGGGUUCUUUCAAGUGCCCAUGUGAAGAAAGGGUCAGUUUUGUUGAUAGUCUUAGUCGUUUUCUUAACAACUUUGUAGAUCCAGGAGAUAGUAGUGAUGACGAUUAUUACUAAUUGCCAUUUCUUAUCAUCUAUUCGUUGUGUUAGGGCAGAUUGAAUGUAAGUCAGAAACUUGUAAGAUUAUGAUCCUUACAAAACUUUGAAAAGGAUUUCCCUCCGAUUUGUUAGUGACAGUAUGGAGCUGUGCGAUUUUUACUGCUUUAUACUCAUUGUUUUUUUGACUAUAUUGAAUAAUGUAUACUGCUAUUUGGUUACACG